CCGAGCUCCAGCCGGCCGGUAACAUCUCCGUUUUCCUAAAUAUUCGUUUGUAGUUAAAACUCUUUAUACCCCACGUAAAUAGUGCUCAUAAUUAGUUUUAUGUAUACAGUGAAACUUUGUAUUAUAGAAAUUAUUUAUAUGUGAAUGUUACAUGCGCAAUAUUCUUGUACGAUCUUAGUAAUCGUUCAUGCUGAAGGAAAUUUGUGGAUACGUAAGGGCCACAUUGAUUAUUUAAAGUCCCUCGCACUCACACGCACGGCACCACUAUGUCUACGGUCGACAAGGAAGAAUUGGUGCAACGAGCCAAACUGGCAGAGCAGGCCGAAAGAUACGAUGAUAUGGCUGCGGCGAUGAAGGCUGUUACGGAAACCGGUGUGGAAUUAUCCAAUGAAGAAAGGAACCUUUUAUCUGUUGCCUAUAAAAAUGUGGUUGGGGCGCGGCGUUCAUCAUGGCGUGUUAUCUCCUCCAUCGAACAAAAAACAGAGGGUUCCGAAAGAAAACAACAGAUGGCAAAGGAGUAUCGGGAAAAAGUUGAAAAGGAACUUCGUGAAAUUUGUUACGACGUACUGGGCCUUCUUGACAAGUACCUUAUUCCUAAAGCUAGUAAUGCCGAAAGUAAGGUUUUCUAUCUUAAGAUGAAGGGAGAUUACUACAGGUAUCUAGCUGAAGUAGCAACAGGAGAAACCCGUAACACCGUCGUAGAUGAUUCACAGAAAGCUUAUCAAGAUGCAUUUGAGAUCAGCAAGGCCAAAAUGCAGCCUACACAUCCUAUUAGAUUGGGUCUUGCACUUAACUUUUCCGUAUUUUAUUAUGAAAUACUAAAUUCACCUGAUAAAGCGUGUCAACUUGCGAAACAGGCAUUCGAUGAUGCGAUAGCAGAGCUCGAUACCCUAAAUGAAGAUUCAUAUAAAGAUUCAACUCUCAUAAUGCAAUUGCUGCGAGAUAACUUAACACUGUGGACAUCAGACACGCAGGGUGAUGGAGAUGAGCCUCAGGAAGGCGGGGACAACUAGUCCUGAAAACCUUACCUAUCCACUUCCGUAUCCUUAAUUCACCCUUAUACAAUCCCUUCGUUAUUUGGUAAUUGUCUCCAUUCCUCAUAGUCCUCCGCAAGUAAAAUUGUUUUUCUCCUUACGUCUGUUCAUGUUCACUGUUAGCCUGAUUCAAGAUUGAAUUUAAAAUUACUAAGUUUAACAAUGUUUGUCUGGUUUACAGUAAAUCAUCACUAAAUAGGAAUCAUGUACUAUAAUUUAUCAUUUUCUGUAUAAGUAAUUUGGUUGUAAUAAUGUUCAGUGUUAACGAACUGUGUGAGCUGCAUGAGCAAUGCUCUACCCAACUGUAAAACUCUAAAUGUUGUUAAUUCGAACUACGACUGUACUCCACUCAUGAUGUACCCAGUACUAAAUUACAUUUAAGCUGACUUGAAUACGAUAUCUAUAUGGGCAAUUUAAUUUAUUAAACUUAUAAAUUCUUAAGUUAAAA